AUGCAAUUGUCCACCAUCGUCAAGGUCUUUGUCUUUAUAACAUUUGGCGUUUCCACGACGGUCGCCGGCCCCAUCCUCCCGACUGUCGACGAUGAACCCGCCUACGACUGCAAGCACAAGGGCAAUUUCGACCCCAAACUCGCCAACAAGGCCAAGGCCAGCUGUUCAAACCACAUGCAUACCCACGGCUUGUACAACCCCCGUGCUUUAGAGAAUGCCACAAGCUUCACGGCUGUCAAGCAUGCAGGGCAUACCAGGCUCAAUACAAGGCCGAUACGGCGGCAAUGGAUCGCCUAG